UCGAGGAUAAAGAAAGCUUUAUGAAAACGAGUGUUUAAUUACAUCAGACAUAUCUUUAGAAAAACAAAUCUCGAUUACACUCUCUUAAGAUUCAUGCUCUGGUGGGUUGGCGAGAAUCAGGAGGGCGAGUCAUUAUGGUCUCCAAUGAUUCCUUAAAUCUAUGAAUUCGACCGUGAAAAUGGGCCCUGGUCCUACAGUUCCGACUCAAAGACCAUUUCACAGUUAUUCGUCUUUCUUUUUGGCUCACAUAGUCAUCGACUUCGUCAUCUCUACGCCAGCAAUUCUUUCAAACGCCAUUCUUCUUAUUACCAUCUUCAGAGAUUCUCGUCGGCAGAAGCAACUAUGUAAGUCAUCAUUUACACUUCUUGUAAUGAACUUAAGUCUGUGUGAUUUCAUCUCGGGAGCUGUUCCUGGAUGCGGGAGCCUGUACUACGAUUAUAUGAUAUUCCACACCAGAACUGAUGAAAAACUUGUGGGAAUCCGAGUCAUGAUAAUAACCACUGGCAUUAUAACAAAUGUUGUUGGAUCAUGUACUGUAAUGGCGAUGUCAUUUGAUCGUUUGUUUGCAAUGGAAUCACCUCUGCGAUACAAAACGCAAGUUGACGUUGCUAAAAAGAAAACGAAAAUUUUCAUCAUAGCGGUUUGGAUCUAUGCCUUGCUCUUUGUUGGUCUUUCUCGUAUCGGAAUUUCUCAGGAAAUUUCAACUUUGCUAUAUUGUCAUCUUCACCUAUCCCUUCCGUUAAUCAUUCUUGCUGUGGUUUUCUGGGAAUCGUAUCACGCUCUCCGCUUGCACACAAAUCAAGUGAGAACUUUGUCUCCUACAGAUGAACCGAUGUUCUACGCGCACAGGAAAAGGGAAAGAAAAGUUUUAAAGGCAAUUCUCAUCGUGCUGGCUUUGUUUUACUUAACAUUUACACCGCAGUUUAUAGCUCUCAAUAUAACCUUUUUUCGUCCACGAAUGAAAACUGAGGUUGGCUUUCGAUCCUUUCUUUACACUGCAAAUAAGAUUCUUUUGAUAAGCAGUAGUAUUAAUCCUUUCAUCUACGCAUGGAGAAUCCCGAAAUACAGAAGAGCCUUUAAGGCAAUUUUUAAAAGGGGCAGUAUGUCUAAUCAACAAAUCAGUAAUACUGCUCCUCGUACCAUUUCAUCACGCGAUGCACGAUCGGCAGAUUCUUUGGAUACAAGUGUUGUUAGUGAAUGAUAGAGACGUAAUCAUGGUUUGAAACUGAUUGAACGAACAGUUAUAGGAAAUUAAUAUACCUCGCAUCUCGGCGAAUUCGUUUUAGAGAUUUUGGUGCAUGAGAAUUGUGGUUCACGCUAUCUUCACUCAAUCCUCGGAAUUCAUGGCCAUCAGAUUAAGCAACUAUAUACACAAAUCCUUAUUUUUUAUUUUAUUUUUUGGAAUUGAAGCUCCGCGAGAUUUUUUCCUAACGAUUUCACGAUGAAGUAUCGAGAUGAGAUGAAAAAAGGGAAACCGUCUGGUUUCGAAAUUUGAAAUAUGAUGACGUUUCGACUUUAAUUACACGAAUGUCUUUAUUAGUCUAUGACAAUUGCUUCCUUCGCCACAAAUAUACAAAUGUAGAGUACAGUGCAAAAACAACUCCUCAAAAAACCACAACGGGAAAAUCUUGUGAAAAGUUUGGUACGAGCACGGUACGGUGUUCAUGAGUGUUCAGCCAAAGAAUUUCUAAAAAUUUUCAAUUGAACUUAUAUCUGCAGUUUCUCUAAAGUGAUUGUUUGUCUUCCAAAUGAGAACGCAUUGAGAAGGAAUUGUAACUGACUUCUUUUGACAGCUCACUCGCGUUAUUCGUACCACUUUUUUUGGUCCAAGUUGAUAACAUACCGUUACUAACGUCAUCGUAUUCAGAAUUUCAAUCCCAGAUGGUUUUGAAUUUUACACUUUUAAGUAAUGUUUUUUCCUUGAUUAAGUGUUUACUAUUUUGGUAGAUAUUGAGAGGCAUUGGAUAACAUGAUUAUCUGGUUAUGAGCUGUCAAAUGACGUACGUAAAAACUUAGAUCACUCAAGAAUAUACGUAAGUCAAUCUUUGUUAGCAGAUUAAAUUGUCGA